AUGAAAUGGUUACGUUUAUCAAUUGUUGAUAAUAUUGAUAUACGUGAAAUUCUUGAUUGGAAUUAUUAUAUUGAUCAUUUUAAUAGUUGUAUACAAAAAAUAAUAACUAUUCCAGCUGCUUUACAAAAUAUUCAUAAAAUUCAAUUAAUAACAAAACAAAAACCUUCAACUGAUAGUAAAAUUGAUACAUAUAUACGUCGUGCAGCUGAACAUUUACAUACACAUUCAUGGCAAAUAAUAUCAUAUGAAUUAACUGAUCAAAUAGGUAUAUUUAAAGCUUGGUGUUUAGUUGAACAUGAAUUAGUACAAAUUGCAAUAAAAAUUUCAAGAAUAUUUUAUGUUAAUUAUCGUACAUCAAUUGAAAAUAAUAAUAAUAAUAAUAAUAAUACACAUGAACAAUUCAAAUCAAUACAACGAUCAAUUGGUUAUAAACGUACAAUAACUAAUUAUUCAAAACGUGUUAAUCGUUUAUUAUCACAUUGUUCACAAGUUUAUUAUUUAUAUGAAUAUCGUUUAGAUAAAAAUCAUUUUCAUAAUUAUUAUACAUAUAUAAUAACAGAGUUAAGUAAUUCAAAUAUAGGUGUUUAUGAAAUGAAUGUACCCUUAGAUUUUCGUUUACUUAUUAUACUUGAUUGUAUAUGUUCAUUACAUAAAGAACAUCAUUGUACAAAUAUACUUUCAAAUUUAUAUCAUUUUAAUCAAUUAGAAUUUUUAUCAUUAUCAGAAUAA